CUAGUAUAGGAGUACAAAAAAUAUAAGAGAAAGAAUGGUCAACUCGUCAAGCACCCAAUCUGAGCGAACCAGCGGGCUGAAUAUCCCCACGAGGAAAUCCCCUCCAGCGGUGAUUCAUUUCGAAAUGGGGGAGGCCUACGACUCACCAACCAAAUCGUCCUCAAACACAAAGGACGAGGUAGUUCAUGAGGGCAUGAGAGAGGAGGAAGAAGCAACGUGCAAGUACUCGUCCAAUAACCUCAAGAAAAAGCCCACAAAAAUGAAUUGGAAGGAGGUUGAUGUUCCCACCUGGUUGAAGGAAUUCAAAUCAUACAAGAAUGGCGAGUGGAAGGUCCUCGUCAAUAAAAGAGAAAACGGCACCACAGACUGGAAAUAUAUCCAUCAGAGAUAUCAGAAAACAUUUCGCUCAGCACCUGGUGUCCGUUUCUUCCUGGAUGGCAGCAAGAUGAACCGGGUGUUUGAAGGAGAAAAACUACGAAAUAAGAAGAAGAAUAAUCCCCAUUUUCAAGAAACUGUAGGUGCAAGUAAAACUGGAAGAGGAAGGAAGGCUGCUGAUACUAGGACAAGGGCUUUAACGCAUGGAAAACCAUUCCACUAUGUGCCAGAGAACCUCCCAGUAGGUUUCAUAUAACCUCCGAAAUAUCCCAGGAGACGAAUAAUAGCAGUUCUUCUAGUACUAGUAGUCUAGUCUAUGAAGCUAGCUACACACUAUAACAUGUAUCUUGUUGCAUGGCAUGACAACAAUAUGAACUUCAUGGAGGAACAUGCCUGUUAUGAUGAUUUUUUAUAUGCUAUUAUGUAAGAUCGAUAGUUACACACCGGAAAUUAUC